GUUGAUAUUGGUUUCAUUACAAUAAAAUAUAUAAAGCUAAGCUUAAAGUUCAAAAUGUCGGGAAAUAGAGACAAUACAAGAUUGGAUGAAAGUGAAAGAAAGAAAAUAUUUCAGCAAUUCCAUGCCAAAUCACAAGGUGACGAACACGAUAUCUGGGAAUGUCAGAAAUUUCGAGCCAGUCUUAAUAGUACUGAAGUCAUUGGAAUAUUUGACGAAUGGGUGAAAAACGGCGAUGGUUCGUACGAAAAGGACAUGUUAGGUAUUGGAUAUCAAGGGCAUUAUCAAACAGCAGAAUUAUUAUCAAAACAUCUACCUGGAAAAAAAGAUCAGUAUAAAAUUAUAGAUUGCGGUGCCGGGUCUGGUUUAUCCGGUGUAGAGCUGAAGAAAGUUGGUUUCAGUCACAUUGAUUGGUUAGACCCCAGUGGACUGUCUGUGGAACCUGCCAAGAAAAGAAAAGUCUAUGAAAGAUUCAUUGUGGAUUAUUUAUCAGAAAAGGCGUUAGACGUGAAACCAGAUACCUAUGACGCUUCGACCUGUGUUGCCGCUUUUUUUGAAGGCUUGAUCCCUCUUGGUGGUUUCAAUGAAAUGAUCAGAAUUACCAAACCCGGAGGAAUCAUUAUUCUAAGUAUAUCAGAAACAAGUUUGAAUACAUGUAAGGAAUAUAAAGGAAGAUUUUUACCAAGACUUGAAGAACUGAUCGAAGCCAAAGAAUGGGAAUUGGUAGAGAAGACCCACGAGCCCCAUUAUUACAGAAAUGUCCCGGCUUUCUUCUUUGUGAUGAGAGUAUUGAGAUCCGGCCCAAUCCAACACGAAAGUAAAGUUACAAAGUAAACAUGGCCUGCUUUUUACAACUUCGAAGAAGCAUGUACAAAUCUGUAAAUUUCCACUAUUAUAGAACAAUGUGCUUACCUAAAAACUUUGCUUCUGUGUUGUGUUUUAAUGUGCUCAAAUUUAGCUGGGAUGACGAUCGUGAUGUUAAUGAACAGAGCUGAAAUUUUUUAAUUUAAUCAUAUAAAUGUGUUGUUUUGUACUAUACAAUUUAAUAAAUCCAAUAUUCUAG